CUUUUGCUGUGUAGCCAUGUACAUUCAAAUAAACUGGCUGUUUCUUUCAUUCAAAGGAAAAAGAUUACAUAUCCGUGAGAAUACAUUUCAUUUUAUACAAGUUUUCGUUCACAUUUGCGGCAUACUCAAAGAAUUGAUUAUAGGCAUUCUUGUGGCCUUGGAUUUCAAUGAAUGCAACUUGCCAGGGGUGUUUACGUGGAGGAAAUAUUUACCAAUGUGUAGGCUGAGUAUGAAAUUCCUUUGCUUGAUUGGAAUUGUUAGGAUGGUGAAAGUUACUCAACCAUACAGACGGAUUCCCUGGUGGAUAAUUUGUGUCAUGUCAGUCAUAGUAUGUCUGUAUUCCGCAAUACUUAUCAUAAUACCAGACCACAAUGACCUUAUUUGGGUGGACAAUGUAGCUGACAUAUGCUGUUUUGGCCUCACAGUAAUUGUACAUUCUAAGAUGGUAUGGUCCUUAAGAGAGAAGAUUUUUACGGUACAUAUUCAGCCUAAUGUCAAAAGCAGACAACAUCAAUCAAGCGUGCAGACACCAGUCGAUGUGUUCCAAGUCCAUAAGCCUGAAAACAUGCAUGGCCGUCAGACACAGCCAAAUGUAAUAGAUGAUACUAUCAAGAUUGAUAAGCUUGAAAACAUGCAUG